AUGAAACAGGCCACCCUGCCAUUUGGCGGUCGUGACCCUCCCCCAUCACAGAUCCAACACCUGCCGGACAACCCGCCCUCCUCGCUCCCUACCACGCCGCCACCCGCCAAUGCCAGCGGCGAUGCCGGCACACAGAGCUGGCCAUCGACGCCGCCCCCGUCCGUCGCUCCGGCCUCGAACAAGGAUCAGCUCGCCGCUCACUUGAAGGAAAACGGCGGCGUCGAUCCGUCUAGCCUACACCCCCUCUUUCGUCCAAAGCCACAGCCACAGCCCCAGACGCAGCCGCAGCCGGCGGAACCCGACCCCGAUGCGGACCAGAGCAGCACACCCGGUCCCAGCCGCCCAACCCGCUCCAGCCGCGCAAAGGCGCCCGUAUCCUACCGCGAGGACCUCAAGGCCGUGCUGCGCGCAGAUGCAAAGCUAGAGGCUUCGCUGCUCAAGGACCAGGCCGAAGUCGGCAAGCCAAAGAGGAAGCGCCCGAGCAGGCCUGGUUCUGCCUCGGCCUCGUCGCUCGUCGAUCCAGCCGUCGCAGUGACCCCGAAGCAGAACGGAGAUAUCCCGGAACUGGAUGGAGACGAUGACGGCGGCGACAUCGAGAUCGUGCACAGCAACAUGGCUGGCCCAUCGCCUGCUUUCGCGGCAGACAAGCCAAAACGAAGCGACAGGCUCAGCCUCGAUGUCCGCGGCACCAUUUCCACCAAGCCAGACGUGAAACCCCACCCGUUCUUCGCCAUGAGGGACAAAGCUCAGAGGCCCCCUCCGCCAGCAGCAGCAGCGACCCCUGCCUCCGAGACCGACGACGAGAUGCCGCAGCUUGUCUCCAAGGGCAAGGCAAAAGCCAGACCGCCGCCAGCACCCCUGCCGCCGAUGCGCCAGGAGCCACCGCGGUGGAGUCUGUUUGCGCAAAAAGGCGGGUCGGCCUGUUCUGGCUCUGCCGCACGCAAUGUGCGAUCCAAGGCGCCGCUCGAAGCUGCCUGGCCCGGGCGCGGCGAGGCGCACGUCAGGAACCUGUGGCCGCCUGAAGAGCAGGCGCUGCAGUGGGCCAAGCAGAAGGCCGCUGCCUAUACGUCGGACUCGGAGUCGUCGCGCAAGGCACGGCAGGAGCGACGCACGGCGGGAGGGCAGACCAUGCCAGACGUACCCUUGGCCAGCCGCAUAGCGAGGCAGAGGAUCCCCAUCAACGGCACGCAUCGAACGACGAGACACUGCCCAGCAGCAUCGUCAGCCGAGGCAGUGCGACGCCAGAUCGACCUGUCCGCCUGGGCGUCGGCCGACGGCUCGCUGCCCUCGAGCUUCCAGCAUCUGCUCGACCUGGUGGACCGCCAUACCGACCGCCGUCCUGCGCGCACGUCGCAGCACCUUCUCAACGACGCCUUCCGCCCGCAGACCGCAUCCGAGUGCCUCGGCAACGAGUCGAGCGCCACCUACAUGAGGGACUGGCUGCGCGCCCUGCUCGUCACUGCGCCCGGCCCAGCAACCGGCGCCAGCAGCAGCAGCGGCACUGUCAGCGCCGCGCAGGCCCGCGCCGACGCCUCUCGUGCCAAAUCGAAGCGGCGCAAGCUCGCCGACCGCGCGUCUGGCCCGCGCAUGAUCCAGAAGCGCGUCGACAAGAAGCGGAGGCGGGCGAGGCGCAUCGGCAGCGACGACGACGAGGGCGGCUCCGAGAUGGCCGACUUUAUCGUCGAUGACUCCGAGGAAGAGGAGGCGUGGUUCGACCAGUUCCGGCGCGGGGGUAGCGCCUCGACGGCGGGCGAAACGACCGAGGACGAGGUGGCGGCCCUGGCAAUGUCGCAGGGCAGCGCCUCGGCGCCGACGACGCAGUCGCAGUCGCAGUCGCAGGCGCAAGCGCAAGCGCAGUUGCAACCGAACCCGGGCGCGGCGCCGGUGCAGCCCACGUUUGCAUCUGCGGCGCAUCUCACCAACUGCCUCCUCCUCUCUGGGCCGUCGGGCUCGGGUAAGACCGCCGCAGUGUACGCGUGCGCAGCCGAGCUGGGUUACGAGGUGUUUGAGCUGUUUCCGGGCAUGGGCCGGAGGAGCGGCAAGGACUUGCACAGCGCCGUGGGCGAUCUCGGACGCAACCACAUGGUCUCGAGCGGCGGCACGGGCGGAGGGGCCACCUGGCGCAAGGGAGCGCCGGCUCCAGCCCCGGCCUCGGCGAAGGCGAGCGCUUCCGAAGACGCCCUUGACGGGCCAGGCGAUGCGAGGAAGGGCACCUCGCCGGCGGUUCGGCAGAGCCUGAUCCUCGUCGAAGAGGCUGACGUGCUCUACGAGGACGACAAGGGCUUCUGGACGGCCAUCGUCGAGCUCAUUGCCGAGUCGCGGCGGCCCGUCAUUGUCACGUGCAACGACGCCGCGAUGAUCCCGGCGUCGGACCUGCCGAUCCAGGAGCACCUUGCGUUCCAGCGGGUCGACGCCAGCACGGCCUCGGUGUACCUCCGCCUCCUUGCUGCUGCGUCUCGGGGCGUCCUGCUCGACGAGGCGAGUGCGGCCGAGGUGCUCAGGGAGAGCCGAGACCUCGCGGCGCCGUUGUGCGCGGAUGCGUUUGCGAGGUAUCCUCGUGCCGACGGGCCGGUGCAUCCGGAGAUGCUCGAGCAGUGGGACGAGGUGGUGCGAGAGAGGGCGGAUGGGAAAUGCGAGCAGAGGGUGGACCUGCGGCAGGCCAUCAACCAGCUCUCGUUGGCUCUGUCGGUGGUGCAGCCCGGCAGCGGUGCAGAGCCGGAGCCGGAGCCGAACCUGACGCCAGUGGCCGUGCUCGUGCCCGCGCCGUCGAUGGGAAGCAGCACCGGAGGCGAGCUGAGCGACAUCGCGCAGCUCCGCCUCGAGGCCAGGCGGUACGACCCGCUGUCCUACGUCCACGCGAUGCAGUGGGACGAAGACCCGGAAGCCUACGGCCAGCCACCGCACCUGACGACAGCCGAACAGCAGCUGGCGCCGCACAUGCGCCAGCUCUUCUCGCAGCCGCUGGCGGUACCGCCCCAUCGGCCGGGUAGCUUCCGAUACAUGCCCGACUUUGCCUCGACGGUCAUCGGUCUGGUCGGUGGCGCCGGCAUCGAGGCCGGGUCGGGAUGGGAGCUGGAGCAGAAACGGGCGAAGACGAGCCACGCCAUCGCCACGCUGACGCGGCUACUGCACCCCGCGCCCACCUCGACGGCGCAAUCGACGGCGACCGUACUCGACUAUGCGCCCGCCAUCCGCGCCAUGUCGACAUGGGACGACGCAGAACAGGCCGCCCACAUCGCUGCCGCCACCGCCGCUGCAGCCGAUGGAGAGGGUGGCAGGAGCACGCGCAACUCGACCCGCUUCCUGACGGCCUUUGGAUCCGGACGCGGUGGAGAGUAUGUGCGGUGGUUGCCCUUUGGUCCGCUGGAGACGAGGGCUGUGGCCGUUUCGGGAGGCAGGGCUUUCGCGCGAGACUCGAUGUGA